GCUCCGGAUACGACCACCACAGUAAUGAGCGACGCAGACGAGAGUCCAUGCCGCGUGUGCGGGAAAGUAGAUCAGGAAGAGUUCCUUGUGCUCUGUGACGGAUGCGAUGCGCCAUUCCACACGUUUUGCCACCAUGGAUGCAUAUGCUGUCAGCAAAAGCCUCGAAACAACUUCAACAAGUCGUUCGCGGUGCCGGAAGGCGAUUGGUUUUGCAAACUGUGCGCAGGACGGGUGCCAGCGUUGAAGCCCAAGCAAUCACCAUUAUCCAGCGUGUUUGCAUGGGGAGAUAAUGAAGAAGGCCAGCUAGGCAUUGGCGCGGACACAGCUAUCGUCAUGGCACCCACCGCCGUGUCAGACCUCGGUGGCAUUUCUGUGCGGGAUAUCGCAGUCGGGGAAUCCUUUUCAAUCGUGUUAUCAAACGAAGGGCAAGUGUACACGACUGGCACAGGGACGUCGGGGCAGCUUGGCCACCAAGACAUGGUACAUGAAAAGCUCGCGCGAUUCCGAAAGAUAGAAGGUCUCGACAAGCGACCCGCGAAUGAGGGCAGACUCGAACGCGUGCUUGCCGGGCGGGAAUUCGCGGCGCUGCUGUCGCAAAACGGCCACAUGUACACUUGGGGAAAUGGCGAGUCGGGGCAACUCGGGCACCAGGAAAACAAACACAAAAAAACGCCAAAGAAAAUUUCCGCCUUGCGCGAACAAGAGUUGCCCGUAGUGCUCGCGGCGGCGGGCAGCGACUUUGUCGUGAUGACGUCUGGCUUGGCAAAAGAAGACGACUACUUUCACAGAGCGCUCCCUGGGGUGCUUAUGACGAUGGGCGCCAACAUUCAAGGACAACUUGGGGACUCGACCAUGAGGAACCAAUGGGUCCCGCAGCUCCUGAACGCCCAAGGCCCUGCGACAACUUCGGUCGACGGAUGCAAGGAGGACGAGCCGACCACGUGUCUUCUCGGCCGUGAUGUCCGCGCGCUUGCUACUGGGGCGGCGCACACGAUCGCUUUGGUGACUGGGUACGAUCUGUUAUCUGGAUUCCUUCGAAUGACGGGUUCAUGCAGGACGCUGGGAGCAUGGUCAUGGGGUCUCGGCGAAGGCGGCCAACUUGGACACCCGAAGCCACCAGUUCCACCCAAUGCCUCCAAGUUCUUCCGCCAAACAUUUCGCGUCCCCCGUCCGCGGUUCAUCCAAGCACUGCACAACGUUAACGUGAUGCAGGUGGCCUGCGGCGUCUCGCACUCGCUCUUCCUCACAAACGAGCGUCAUGUGUUUGGCUGUGGCAGCAACACCCAUGGACAGUUGCUGGGUGAAGAAGCACCUGGUGGAGACGAGGUGUCUGUCGUUGAAGAGCCCAAGGACCUCGGGUGGACGCCACCCCCUGCAUCCGGUGGCGUGCGGAUCAUCGGCGCUGGCGACCACCACUCGUUGGCGCUGACCAUGGACGGCAUUGUAUUCACGUGGGGUCGCAACGAUAAAGGCCAGCUCGGACAUAGCCCCGAUGCCAAGACAGUUGGUGUUCCAACCAAAGUCGACGGCUUGCCGUGUGUCGAGUCUAUCCAUACAGCGUACAACUCGACGUUUGCGGUCGAGUUCGCCAAGGCCGUGGCAGGUCCCAAGGUUGGCAAGACAGCGGCGGCCAAAAAGUCCAAAGGCAAGGCCGCCAAGGCACCCGCUGCAAAACGGGCCAAGAAAUAGCCGAGAGAUCGCCGUCGGCGGUCCUAUCCGUGUGCCCCAUCAUCGGGCACUUGAAAAUGGCAAUCUCGACACCGACCCUCAAGGUCAAAGUGUUUCCACUGAUUUUGAUGUAAAAUUUGGCAAAUUUCCACGUGAAUUUGACACUUGCCACAACAUUGGCUCGAUUUCACCCCAAUUUCCAAGGUAUUUCGACCGACU